AUGUCAGCUGAAGAGACUGAACAGCUUAUGAAAAUGAUUACCGCCAUGGGAGUUAAACCAAAGUGUGAUACACCACAAGAUCUACUGAAAUGGAUGUCAGAUAUGGUAGGUAAAGAGGAACAUGUUCCUGAAUCUUUUUCAGUUAAGAAGGAACCCUUCACACCUACAUCAAAACAGACGAUGGAGUAUCCAGUGACCUUCAAGCAACCCUUGCGUAUCUCCACAUUUUCUGGAGGCGGAAAAGGAGAAACAUCGUACGAGUUAUGGCGAUACAAGGUGACAUGUUUGUUGAAGGAAGGCCACUCGAAGGAAUCUAUACUGAUGGCUAUCAGACGAUUAUUGAAGGGAGAGUCCGCCAAUGUAUUGAUGAGGCUAGGCACCAUCAUCAAAGUUGACGACAUUAUCGUGAAGUUCGAUAGCAUCUAUGGAAGUGUGUUGGAGACAGAAAAUAUUCUUGCAGAAUUCUACAGUGCUGCAGUUGCUAUACCGAAAGUAGAGACAGAGCAUGUGCCAGUAGCGAAGCCAAAACAAGCCAUUGUGAAAGCUGCCACAAGUGAUGAACGGUUUGAUCAGCUUCAGGCUCAACUGAAUCAACUUUCAACGCAGAUGGCACAGAUGAGGCAGCCAUAUCCUCAAUAUCAUCAGCCUAGAUUUAGACCACCAUUCCAAAGAGGACGAAAAAAUCCUAGAGGUUAUAUGUCACAAGCAAGAAUGCCUUUUACUCAGAGAGUGGAAAUGGAUGAGGUACAGCCUACAUCUUCACCUUCACCCAGAAGGCAGCAAGAGUUCUCCUCGAUCAUCAGCGAUCAGCCCAGUCAACUCCAACAGGCCAAAUCCUGGGGCCAAGGGUUUGGCCAUGCCAAAUACAGGUCCAACACCAAAGAAUUAGUAGGCGAGGCAAAUGAAGUGACUGUGGCAAUCAACGAUGUAACUUGUGCAGCAUUACUGGAUACAGGUGCAACAGUUUCCACCAUCACCACAAAUUUUUAUCAGAGGCACUUAUCUCACAUUAAGAUGCAUCCAGUUGAGGACAUUUUACACAUAGAGUGUGCUGACGGAGAACAGAUGCCUUACUUUGGAUAUGUUUGUGUGACCUUAACUGCUUAUGGAACGCCACUUGAUUUAUUAGAGAACUGCCUAUUCCUCAUAGUACCAGACAGCACUUAUAAUUCUCGGGUACCAGUACUCAUCGGAACUAACAUCAUUAACCGAUUGAUGGAAAAUGCAAGAGAAGAAUUUAUCUCAAGAUAUCUACAAGAUGCUGAUCUCCAUACAUUUUGGUACUUAUCGUUUAGAUGUAUGAACUUAAGGAGCAAAGAACUGCAGAGGAAUGGAAACAAGCUCAGCAUCAUCAAGUCAGCAGAACCUUAA